AUGGCUGAUUUUCGAGAAGUGUUUGCCAAAGCGAAGCACAUAGCCAUUAUCACAGGAGCCGGUGUUAGCGCGGAGAGUGGAGUUCCUACCUUCAGAGGGGCUGGAGGUUUCUGGAGAAAGUGGCAAGCCCAGGAGUUGGCUACGCCAGGGGCUUUUGCGCGAAACCCUUCUCGUGUGUGGGAAUUUUACCAUUACCGCCGGGAAGUGAUGUUGAGCAAACAUCCAAAUCCUGCGCAUAUCGCCAUUGCAGAGUGUGAAAGGCGACUGAGCAAGCAAGGAAGGAGCGUUGUGGUCAUUACUCAGAAUAUCGAUGAACUACACCGAAAGGCAGGCACAAAGCACCUCUUAGAAAUUCACGGUAGUUUAUUUAAAACUCGAUGCACCAACUGUGGAAAUGUGGCUGCAAAUUACAAGAGUCCAAUAUGCCCCGCAUUGGCCGGGAAAGGGGCUCCAGAUCCUGCAACGGAAGACGCCGCGAUUGCAGUUGAAGACCUUCCUCAGUGUGAGGAGGACGGCUGCAAUGGGCUCCUCCGUCCCCACGUUGUGUGGUUUGGUGAAACCCUGGAUCCUGACAUUCUCACAGAGGUUGAGAAGGAGCUUGAGAUAUGCGACCUCUGCUUAGUAGUCGGGACCUCCUCCGUGGUGUAUCCUGCCGCUAUGUUUGCCCCUCAGGUAUCUGCCAGAGGAGUGCCAGUUGCAGAAUUUAACAUGGAAGCUACUCCUGCUACAAACAGAUUCAGGUUUCACUUCCCGGGCCCCUGCGGGACCACCCUGCCGCCGGCGCUG